AUGUUGCGGAGAUUCUCGACGCAAUUCAAGAGGAACAAGGAGUCCAAUGGCGAUGCGGAGCCCAAGAGCUCCAAGGAGAAUAGCAAGCGCUUUUCCAAGGCUGCCCAGCCUUCGCGCAAGUCUGCUUCCAAUGAGGAGAAGCCCCAAACCGUGAGCCGCGCCGAGGUGGUCGCUGUCUUCGAGAAGUACGCGCAGGCCAUCCACGCCUCGCGCGAGCCGCUUCCUAACCAGACCGGUGAUGGUACUUACCUCAAGCAUGACCAGUCCUCUGGCCUGUUCAGUGACAUCAAGUCGCUCGGUUUCCGCGAUCUCAACACCGUAAAGGACCUGAUCAAGACCAAGGCCUCCGGCGAGCUGAUCGAUGACAAGACCUACAUGAUGGAGCGCAUUAUUCAGCUUGUCGCCGAUAUGCCCGGUCACUCCAAGAACCGGACCCAGCUCACCAACCUGUUCCUAGACGAGCUUUGGAGCUCCAUUCCCCACCCUCCUCUCUCCUACAUGGGUGAUGAGUACAAGUACCGCUCCGCGGACGGCUCCAACAACAACCCGACCCUCCCCUGGCUGGGCGCUGCGAACACUCCCUACUGCCGCACCAUUCCUCCCUUGACCAUCCAGCCCGCCGGCCUGCCCGAUCCCGGUUUGAUCUUCGACAGCCUGUUCGCCCGCCAGAAGUUCACCCCUCACCCGAACAAGGUGUCCAGUGUUUUCUUCGACUGGGCCUCUCUGAUUAUUCACGACAUUUUCCAGACCGACUACCGUCAACAGCACCUGAACAAGACAUCUGCCUACCUGGACCUCUCCAUUCUGUACGGUGAUGUCAAGGAGCAGCAGGACCUGAUCCGGUCCCAUCAGGACGGUAAGCUGAAGCCGGACUGCUUCUCCGAGGGUCGUCUGCAGGCCCUUCCCGCUGCUUGUGGUGUCCUGCUGGUUAUGCUGAACCGUUUCCACAACCACGUUGUGGAGCAGUUGGCUGAAAUCAACGAGAACAACCGUUUCACCAAACCCCGUGAUGGUCUGCCGGAGGAGGAGGCCAAGAAGGCCUGGGCCAAAUACGAUGAGGACCUGUUCCAGACCGGUCGUCUGAUCACUUGUGGUCUGUACAUCAACAUCACCCUGUACGACUACCUGCGUACCAUUGUCAACCUGAACCGCACCAACUCCACCUGGUGCUUGGAUCCUCGUGCUCAGAUGGAGAACGCCGGCGCCACUCCUUCUGGUCUCGGUAACCAGUGUUCCGUCGAGUUUAACUUGGCGUAUCGCUGGCACUCCACCAUCGCCCAGGGCGAUGAGAAAUGGAUUGAGGAGGUUUACUUUGAUAUCAUGGGCAAGCCGGCCGAUCAGGUUACCAUGCCUGAGCUGCUGAUGGGUUUGAAGAAGGUGGAGGGCAUGCUCGACCCCGAUCCGUCCAAGCGUACCUUCGCCAACCUGAAGCGCCAGGAAGACGGCAAAUUCAAGGAUGAUGAGCUUGUGCAAAUCCUGACCAACGCCUGCGAGGAUGUUGCCAGCUCUUUCGGCCCCCGCAACAUCCCCAAGGCCCUACGUUCCAUCGAGAUCCUCGGUAUGGAGGCUGCCCGCAGGUGGCAUGUUGGUUCCCUCAAUGAGUUCCGUAAGCACUUCGGCCUGAAGACCUACGACACUUUCGAGGAGAUCAACUCCGACCCGGAGAUUGCCAAUAACCUGCGCCACCUGUACGAGCACCCCGACUACGUCGAGCUGUACCCUGGUAUUAUCUGUGAGGAGCCAAAGGAGCCCAUGAUCCCUGGCGUCGGUAUCGCCCCGACCUACACUAUCUCCCGUGCUGUGCUGUCUGAUGCUGUCGCGCUUGUUCGUGGUGAUCGCCACUACACCGUCGACUAUAACCCUCGCAACCUGACCAACUGGGGUUACAACGAGUGCCGUUAUGACCUGAACAUCAAUCAGGGCUGUGUUUUCUACAAGCUGGCCACCCGUGCUUUCCCCAACUGGUUCCAACCUGACUCCAUCUACGCUCACUACCCCAUGACCAUCCCGAGCGAGAACCGCAAAAUUAUGAAGACGCUGGGUCGCGAGCAGGACUACUCCUACGACCCUCCCUCAUUCACUCCUUCGCGCAUCAACCUCUCCUCGCAUCAGAACGCCAAGCUAGUUCUUGAGAACCAGAAGGACUUCAAGAUGUCUUGGAGCAGCGCCAUGGAGGACCUGUUCGGUAAGGGCGAGUUCGAUGUCAAGCAGCGCGAGGCUAUGGGCAAGGCCUUCAGCACCGAGGACUUCCCCCAGCUGGUUAAGAAGUUCUACGAGGACGUCACUCUUCGCCUUAUCAAGGAGAAGGGCGCCAAGUUGGCCAACAUCAACCAGAUCGACAUCACCCGCGAUGUUGGCAACCUUGCCCACCUCCACUUCGCGUCAGCCAUCUUUGGUCUGCCCCUGAAGACCGAGGAGAAUCCUCGAGGCCUCUUCACCGAGCACGAGCUGUACAUGAUCCUCACCACCAUCUUCUCUGCUCUCUUCUUCGACGUCGACGGCCCUAAGUCUUUCUCGCUCAAUCGCGCCUCCGCUGCCGUCUCCCAGCAGCUCGGCAAUGUCGUCGAGGCCACUGUCAAAGCCGACACCAGCAGCGGUCUGCUGGCCGGUCUGAUGGACAACUUCCGUCCCCAUGACAAUGCCCUCCGCGAGUACGGAACUGCCGCUCUCCGCCGCUUGGAGGAUUCCGGCCUGAGCGUCUCGCAGAUCACCUGGUCGCAGAUCAUCCCCACCAUUGUCGGCAUGGUUCCCAACCAGGGCCAGGUCUUCACCCAGAUCAUCGAGUACUAUACCUCGCCUGAGGGCAAGAGGCAUCUUGCCGAGAUCAACAGCCUCGCCAAGCAGGACUCCAAGGAGUCCGACGAGAAGCUGUACCGCUACUGCCUGGAGGCGAUCCGUAUCAACGGCACCUUCGGCGCGUACCGCGAGGCCCUGAACGCUAUCACCGUUGAGGAGGACGGCAAGAAGAUCGACAUCCAGCCUGGUAACAAGAUCUUCGCUUCCUUCGUCCAGGCCAACCACGACCCCAGCGUCUUCCCUGAGCCUAACGAAGUCAACCUCGACCGCCCGCUCGACUCGUACAUCAACCACGGACAAGGGCCCAGCACCGGCUUCGGUCAGGAGAUCACCAAGAUUGCCCUCGUCGCCAUGCUCCGUGUCGUCGGCCGUCUUGAGAACCUCCGUCGCGCUACUGGCGCCCAGGGCCAGCUCAAGAAGAUCCCCCAGGAGGGCGGCUACUACGUUUAUCUGCGCCAGGAUGGAACGUCGUACUUCCCCUUCCCGAUGUCGCUCAAGCUUCACUGGGACGGCGAGUUCGAUUUCCCCAAGCUCCAGCCGGCGAAGAAGAACUAA